AUGGCCGCACCGGCCCGCCGGUCCGCCGCGCGCAGCUUGUCCGCGUGGAGCAACGUGCAGAGCGCGCCCGCCGAUCCUAUCUUGGGCUUGACGCAGGACUUCCUCGCGGACACGGACGCCAAGAAGGUCUCCCUGGGCGUCGGCGCGUACCGCGACGAGAACGGCAAGCCCUACGUGCUGCCGUCCAUCGCCGAGGCGGAGAAGCGCGUCGUCGCGUCGCUGACGGACCACGAGUACGCGCCGAUCACCGGCGACGCCAAGUUCCUCGCGUCGAGCCUCGAGUUCGCCUACGGCGCGGGCUCGGCGCCGCUCGCGGAGAAGCGCGUCGCGGCCACCCAGGCCCUCAGCGGCACGGGCUGCCUCCGCGUCGCCGCGCAGCUCCUCGAGCGCCUGCCGUCGCUCACCGGCGGCGACGCGAGCAAGAAGCAGGCCAUCUACGUGCCGGACCCGACGUGGAGCAACCACCUGAACAUCUUCCGCGACGCGGGCCUCGAGAUCCGCACGUACCGCUACCUCGACGCGGCGACGCGCACGAAGCUCGACUUCGACGCGAUGCUCGAGGACCUGUCGGCCGCCGAGUCCGGCGCGACGAUCCUGCUCCACGCCUGCGCGCACAACCCGACGGGCGUCGACCCGUCCAUGGACCAGUGGAAGGCCCUGUCGGCGGCCCUCAAGGCCACGGGCGCGCAGCUCUUCUUCGACUGCGCGUACCAGGGCUUCGCGUCCGGCGACGCGGAGCGCGACGCGGGCGGCCUCCGCCACUUCGUCGCCGAGGGCCACACGCUCAUGCUCGCCCAGUCCUACGCGAAGAAUUUCGGGCUCUACGGCGAGCGCGUCGGCGCGCUGUCCAUGGUCUGCGCGGACGCCGCGGAGGCGCGCGCGCUCGAGUCGCAGCUCAAGGCCGUCAUCCGCCCCAUGUACUCGAGCCCGCCGGUGCACGGCGCGCGCGUCGUCGCCGAGGUCCUCGGCGAUGCCCAACUCCGCGCCAAGUGGACGGCCGAGUGCAAGGCCAUGGCCGACCGCAUCUCCGAGAUGCGCGCGGCGCUCAAGGCCAAGCUCGCGGACGCGGGGUCCACGCGCGACUGGGCCCACAUCACGGACCAGAUCGGCAUGUUCGCCUACACGGGGCUCACGGCCGACCAGGUCCAGGCCAUGCGCGACGAGUUCCACGUCUACUGCACGCUCGACGGCCGCAUCUCCGUCGCGGGGCUCACGCCGUCGAACGUCGACCACGUCGCCAAGGCGAUCCACGCCGUCUCCAAGUAG